AUGAUUGGCGGUCGUGUAGACUUCAUCAAUCAUCAACAACACCCCGCCAGCGCCCGCCAUUUGACGCACGUUCCUCGGCCCAAUGUCGAGAAUGCAAUUAUUUUGACCGUCAUGGAGACAACAUCUUCUCGCAAGCGGCCACGGCCUGUGGUAUCUUGCCUCCGAUGCAGGGAGAAGAAGCUGAAAUGCGACCGGGCUACGCCCUGUCAGAACUGCACCAAAGCGGGCUGCGGUGCCCGCUGCACCUACAAUCAGCAUCCCCAUCCCAUUGACUCUCCCCCCAAGCCGAAGCGAGCUCACUUACCUGCCGAAGUGCUUGAGGAUGGCCGGCGAACGCUUGGGGGCCCCGGGGCGGGUAUCAUCGAGGAUCUCCACCAGCGCGUGGUCAAGCUAGAGGAACUCAUCGCGCUUCAGCCAGAUGCGGGCAAUUUUGGCCCGAUCAGAGAUGCCUUUGUUCAGAAUCCUUGGCCUCCAUCUGACUCCAAUUCGUCCACCUCACCUUUCCUAGGGACGCUAGUUGUCAAGGGAUCACGCUCUCGCUACCACGGGCAAAAUCAUCGCAUCACACUUCUGAACCAGUUCCCCGAAGCCAAGGCAUUUAUCAAUCACUGCUCUGCAGACUCUACACUUGUGGGGUUGGCCAAAGAAGUCCAGUUUCUCCAAACAAAAUCGCUGGCUUCAACCACCUCUCCCGAGUCUCUUUCUGGGUUGGAUAGUUCUGCCGAGCUGCAGAAUCUUCUGAGUUCUCUUCCUCCUAAAUCCGCCUGUGACAAGCUCCUGGAAGUCUAUAUCACCAACUUGGAGAAAACUCUCAGAAUCAUUCAUGUUCCUUCUUUCCUUCGCCUGUACACAUCCUUUUGGCAGCAAUCUGAUCAGCAGUCUGUGCCUACCGUUGUACCCCUUCUCACAGCGAUCCUGGCCGUUGCUAUUUCCUUUGAUCCCCAGACAACCUCCUCCGAUGAUUCAUCAUCAUGGGAGUACCUGACACAAGAUGCGGUAAAGUCAUUACAGGCCUGGUUGUCCAAGCUUCCACGAAAACAGCGAGUUGAUUUUGCCACACUGCAAGUUGAAACGCUCCUGUUGCUCUCCUAUCAACUACGUCUUGAACCCCCAGAAGAGUUAUGGAAAGCCAGCGGCUCCCUUGUCCGCUCUGGGAUGAUGAUGGGCUUGCAUGUCAAUCUCUCCCAGUCUUCCAACCUGUCUUUCUUCCAGGCAGAGUGCCGUCGACGACUUUGGAUCACCAUUGUGGAAAUGGAUCUCCAGGCCUCCAUUACGUCUGGCAUGCCGGUUAUGACCCCCGAGCUGGAUUUUGGGCCUCUGACACCGUCCAAUCUCAAUGAUGCUGAUUUUGACGAGUCAACAUCUGAUCGGCCAUCUGCCAUUCCACUGAGCGAGGAGACCGACUCUAUCGCUCAGAUCACUCUAGCUGCCUCGUUAUCACAUCGGGUCAGGGUGAUGAACACAGUGCAACAUACAAGCCCGCGUGACAACCUCAGUGAGCGUGUCAAGCAGGGCCAAAGGCUGCAGGAGUAUAUCUCCGAGGUUCCUUCCCACUUGAACCCAAGACAUGAUGCAGAAAAUGCGAGUCCCGCCCUUGUUUUGAACCGCGUUCUGCUUGACAUAUUUCUUCGUCGCCCUCUACUCUGCCUCUUUCGACCUGUUAUCACUCAUAGCACCCCUGAAGAUCCAUCCUUCCACAGCAUGCAACGAGCAUGCUUGGAUUCCUCGCUUGCCGUUCUUUCGUAUCAAGAUUACUUUGACCCCAACAUCACCGGGCUUGAUGUUGUUAACCCAAACGCGUACUGGAAUGUCUUCCAAGCCUUCUGUCAGAAUGACAUAUUGUGGGCAGCUCUUAGUCCUGUGAUACUUCCCAGCCCUUUCAGUUUCUGUAGCCAAGCGCCUAGCAAAGCUAGUCUCAGCCGGCUUGUCGACAACACACUCGACAGUCUCACGCGGCGGAUACACGAGAAAGGCAGCAACGUGAAAGAUCUCCUUCUUCUCACCGUUGUUCUUCAAUCCGCACGUUUCCGUGGAUCAGCGGAACAAAGAGAGCAGCGAAUGCUACAGGGAGCAAAAAGCAUCCUCUCUGCCUGCCGUCAGUAUCUUCUUUCGAAGGCUACCGAGCAGUUCGUGUCAUCUGAUCUGGCAGAUUUGGCACACAUGAUACAGCCUAUAGAGCCUAUCGCUUUACAUAGCCAUAGUCGGCAGCGGGUAUCCACUCCUCAGUUUCAAUUUGGGGACAUCGAGCAACCGCCAUCUGCACUCGCAGCCGAGUUUGACAGUUUUGUCGGAGAUCUAUUUUCAAUUGGUGAUGAAUCAUACAUGUGGAACAUGUGA